UCCAGGUUGGAUGUAGAGUCUAAGCUUCUUCCGGGUGUCCCUCUAAAACGUUUUUUGUUUCUCCGCGUAAUUCUCCUGAUGGAAGACCAGCCGGGGUUCCCUUUCUGCUGUUCGUGCUGAAUAGUGGCUUGGAGAGGUGGUGAAUGAGUGAAGAUACGCUCGGUGAUGGUUCAAAUGUGGGAAUUGCCCCGGAUGUGGCUGCUGCUGCUGCUGCCCUGGGAAAAUGCCUUGAUAGGGAAUUAACACCAUUCAGUGAUGGGCUGUGGGACAAGCAAAGUGCUUCCCGAGCCCCCCAAAGAUGUGCAGCUAGACCUGGUUAAAAAAGUCGAACCUUACACAGGCCACAAUGACAUAUACAAGCAUUUCAUCAAAGAUGACUGUGGGACUGUCAUCAAAGCUGGCUCUCCCUCACCUCCGCGUCACGCUAACCCCUAUCCUGGGAACCACCUCCCUGCCCACGUGGACCAGCCCGAACCCCGCAAGAACAAAGUGGCUAAAUACCGCGCCAAAUUUGACCCCAGAGUGACAGCCAAGUAUGACAUUAAAGCUCUGAUCGGGAGAGGGAGUUUUAGCCGCGUCGUACGGGUGGAACACAAGGCUACCAAGCAGCCCUACGCAAUCAAGAUGAUAGAGACCAAAUACCGGGAGGGGAGGGAAGUGUGCGAGUCGGAGCUUAGUGUGCUGCGGCGGGUUCGGCACACCAAUAUCAUCCAGCUUAUUGAGGUGUUUGAGACCCAGGACCGUGUGUACAUGGUGAUGGAAUUGGCGACCGGAGGAGAACUGUUUGAUCGAAUCAUUGCUAAAGGCUCCUUCACCGAGAGAGACGCUACGCGUGUGCUGCAGAUGGUAUUGGAUGGUGUGAAGUACUUGCAUACGCUGGGUAUCACGCACCGGGACUUAAAACCAGAGAACCUGCUGUACUACCAUCCGGGAACAGAUUCCAAAAUCAUGAUUACGGACUUUGGGUUGGCAAGUGCUCGGAAGAAGGGAGAUGACUGCCUGAUGAAAACCACGUGUGGGACCCCGGAGUACAUUGCUCCCGAGAUCCUGGUCAGGAAGCCGUACACGAACUCUGUGGACAUGUGGGCGCUGGGUGUUAUCUCGUACAUUCUCCUGAGCGGCACUAUGCCCUUUGAAGAUGACAACCGCACCCGCUUAUAUCGGCAGAUCCUGAAAGGAAAAUACAGUUACUCAGGCGAGCCCUGGCCCAGUGUGUCCAACCUGGCCAAGGAUUUCAUCGAUCGUCUACUCACGGUGGACCCCAGUGACAGGAUGACAGCCCUUCAGGCCCUGAAGCACCCAUGGGUGGGCAGCAAGGCAGCCUCUUCCUCCAUGAAGAACCUACACCGUUCCAUCUCGCAAAACCUUCUCAAGAGGGCAUCUUCCCGCUGCCAGAGCACCAAGUCCGCACAGUCCACCCGCUCCAGCCGCUCCACCAAAUCCAACAAGUCACGGCGGGUUCGGGAGCGGGAGCUGCGAGAGCUCAACCUGCGCUACCAGCAGCAGUACACUGGCUGAGCACUGGGCUGGGACGUGCCAGGCAUCUUUCCAGAUGUCUUCUCUGCGGUGUAGGUGUGCGGCACCCUUUGCCGCACACUCACUCAGUGAGGAACAUCCAGGUUCCUCCCUCCCUCCCUCCCUCCAGGUGUCCCCCCCGUCCGUGCGGAGGUUUCCCCCCGUGCGGAGGAAAGGGAAUCUUGUGGUGGCCAUCACACCCUGUGAGCUGUGCCAUGGGGGUCUCACGCAGGAAACGGGGGAGCCCUUGUGGGCUCAGAGCACAGCUCAGAGCCUCAAGUAAUACACAAAUUAAGGAGCCACGUGGGGAGAAGAGCUCUUUCUGUAGCCCAGGAGCUUGGUUGUUCAUAGUUAUUUAUUAAUUCCAGAGCGUUAAGUUUCUCUCACUUGCAUAUGAAAAAAAAAAUCACUUUAUGUGUAUGUACAUGCACGUAUGUGUGUGCACGUACACGUGUGGGUGUGUAUAUGUAUUUAAAAAUUAUAUAUACACAAAUUUUGAGCUGGUUUAGUCAGACUCUGUGGUGCCUUUGCAGUGAAGCUGGUAUGAGUCACAUGCAGUUUAGAAGUAGGAUAGCUCUGACUCACCGGCGUGCUGCCCACCAGCUCCUCGUCUCAGUACGGCGCUGAGGAGAUGCCAGACAGCAGUUUUGCGUGACGGCUGGGAAGCUGCGAGGUUUCCCCCAAGGGCUGCCAUCCACCUGAUGACAUCAAGGGUUUACUCAAGCUGUGCGAGAACUGCCGUGCAAAUUGGCAACCGGGCUGAAGUGCUGCGAGCCCGGUGCUGUAGUCCGGUUCCCUUGAUCCGGACUGGGUGGGCGCUCCUGAUGGAGGGGUGGGAAGAGAAUCAUUGUCCUGCAGGAACUUCAUGGUAUGCAGAGAGAUGUCUUUGGCAAGGCAGGUUUUUGGGGGGUUCCUUGCUGUCCCCCUUGAAUUAUCCUUCCGCUAUUUGCAACAAGACCAGUGCCUACCAUGCAGGGUUUGUUCUUGCUGUGACGUGGUCUUGUCAUGUCUGUGACCUGUUACACGUCUUGCGCCCUUCAGACUAGCGUUACCAACUUCAUCACUUCACCAAAACUUCGGUGGUUCCAGGUAUUGCUCCCUGUCUGCGGAUUUUAUGGGGCUCCCCUACUUUGCAUGCCUGUUGUGCCCCAGUCUUGCUGUCCCGGCUCUGGGACAGUGAAGUGGUGGUGGGAGCUGUCGGGGUGGCCACAAAUGGCUCCGUAGCCAUCAGGGUAGGGGCUUGAGUCGUGGAGGUCCAAUCCUGGAGUGUCAGCAGUGAUAAUGCCCUGGAGACGUUGCACAAACACCUUAGAGCUGUUAGGUGUGACUUAAAUUCAACAGGACAAAGCUGCCUUUCACGUUUCCUCGUCCUGGAUGGGUGAUGCGGGGGCCUCUUGUGAAGGACCUCUCAGGGGAGGUGGGGGCUGUACAGCUGAGCUUUGUGCAAGCCUGCUGAGUUCUUCCCAACUAGUAAGAGCAGCAAAGCGGGGCUGAUGGCACAGUCUCAGGGUGGGUUCGGCCUCUUGUGGUAGCAGAGACAAGAUCUGCAGUGAAGGAGAAUGCUGGUUUUUGAAACUUUUCAUAUGAAGCCAUACGGUUUGCUUCAUGCCGUGCACUUGGGAAGCGUUUGCUUAGCUCUGGGCUGGAGAUUCGGGCUGUGCAAGCUCAAGGGGCUGGCGAGCAUGGCCUUUCCGCCCAGGAUUGAUGUCUGUGCUGCUGCUGUGUUUUAGUGUCAGCAAGGUUUUAAGUGGUUGGUCACAUCUCCAGGGAGCUCUAACUCUGCUGGCCGCAGCCCCUCUUGGUCAGCAAACAGCAAAGCAGCGCAGCUUCAGUGGGAGAACACUGAGUUUUCUGUGCUAAGGAAAAAAA